GCUUCGAUGCAAUAGUUUGUUACAAGAAGUCUUUGACAGUGCAUUAGACAUUUUAUUUUAACAUACUUGGAGGAUACAGAAUGAAAACUUUGGUGUUUAUCGUGUGUGUAUUGGCCGUUAUGGGGAUGGUUUACAGUUUCGACAUUGAACAGUUAGAAAAAUUCAGACAAGAUUUCAUGGAAUGUAAAGAGGAAUCGAGCGAGUUAUCUGUUCGAUUCCAUUUCCAAGCAAUUAAAUGUGCGAUGUUAAAGGAUGACAAAAUUUUGAAUGAGAAUGGCGAAUAUAUAAAGGAAUUAGCUUUGCAGAAAUUAGACGACUUAAUUUCCGACCCGAACAUGUUGAAUCUGGCACGAUUAAUAUUGACCAAGUGUUACGAUGAUGUUGUUCAAAGCGGAGCCACUGGCAAUGACCAGACAAUGAAAAUUAUCAUGUGUGGUUUGUCAGCUGCAUCUUCCAUCGAAGACUCAUAAUAAAAGUAAAGAUUCUUUACAAAUAUAUUUGAUAAAUAUUAGUAUAUAUAUAUA